GUCCAAGAUGGCCAGUUUGAAUGGCGAUGAAUUCCGGGGACUUCCCCAUCACCAAUCAUCCGUCCUGUCAGCCAUGUGUCCUUGGCACUGCCGUAUCAUCAACCCAACGAACCCUUCAGCUUCAGCUUCAGUAUCCCGGUUCGCAUCGCUCAUCUUCGCGAAGGAUGCGGUGUAAGUGGCGUUCCCAUAGUCUCGUGUGCUAGUAGUAUAUGCGGCGGUCAGGAACCCCUUCCCUGGACUAUCAUCUGUGUGAUAAUGAUUGAUUUCCCUUGCCUUUCCUGUCUAGAACCCUUCGAGUCCAAGUCGCCUGGCAGCUGGACCGACAGAUGCAAAAGGAGGAAUUACUGUGCUAAUGCAUGUUGAAGUUUAGCGGGGUACAGCAUCGACAGCUCAAUGCCGUCCUGCUGUGCUAUUCUAUUCUUUUCUUUUUCUUCUUUAUGCUUGCCAAUUGGUGUUCCUCUAUUGACUAUGAGGUCUUGUAAUCAGCAUUCUUAUCUCUCACACCAUUGCCUUAUUCUGUGAAGUCCCGGAAGGCGCAAGCAGUAGCAUAGUGAAUCUGUAAUAAUCCACGGAUCAGUAUUAGGGAUCAGACCUGCCAAUUCAUG